AUGAAAGCGGCUCGGCGGCGGCGGAGGGUGUGCGAACUCUGCGGCGGCGCGGCCGCCGUGCACUGCGAGGCGGACGCGGCGCAUCUCUGCUGGUCCUGCGACGCCCACGUUCACGGCGCUAACUUCCUGGUGGCGCGCCACCUCCGCCAGGUCGCCUGCACCAGCUGCGGCGCGCUCGAUGAUGACCGCCUCUUCGCUGGCGCCGGAUCGCCCGCCCCGAUCCGAUCGCUCUGCGGAUCCUGCGGCGGAGGCGCAGCCGCAGCAGCAAGGGGAGCGGUCGUGGUCGCCGACGAGGAGUCGGACACCGAGUCGUGCGUGUCCACGGCGGAAUCGGCGACGGCGGGGAGGCGGAGGGCGAUCGGGGGCGGGCGGGUGGGGGCGAGGGAGAGAGUGCGGCUGGCAGCGGUGGCGGUGUGGGGAGACGCGAAGCGGCGGAGGAAGGGGGAGAUGGUACUGGCCCUGAGGAGAUUGGAGGAGGCAACGGGCGCGCUGGCGGAGGUCAUGGCGAGAGCCGGAGCCAUGGCCAUGCUGGAAGGUUAA